AUGGCAACAUCCGAAUUCCCAACUUUCCCGCGUCUUCCCGCCGAGAUUCGUCUCAUGAUCUGGGAGGCCGCGCUACCCGACCCAAUCGGUAAACCACUGUUCUUCUGGAGGCGGACUACGUGGCGGCGGGAAUCUGACCCGGAAUGUCUGAUCGAUGCGGAUGAUGAUCUGAUGCACCCGGACGAUAUGGGCCAUUUCCGCAUCGCAAUCCCGCUUCUCCAGGUGAACCAGGAGGCAAAAAGGGUGGCCGAAGACUGGAUUCGUGACGACACCGUCUUCUGUUUCGAUGACCAAUUCACGGAUUUCAUGGAGGAGGUCGAUGCGCUAUACUAUGUGAUGCUUCCCCAGCAGAUGCUCGAGAACCACCUAGACUGGGUUCAGCAAAUAUUUCUCCGCGGCCUCCAGGCGUGGUGCUGGGACUUUUUCAUUGUCGUCGGCGCGCCCGCAGAGCUCCAGCAGAUGGUCCCGGGCCCACCGGACCAAGUGGAUUGGCAGGUGGAGCAGAAGUGGGAGCUGCAGGUUUUGGAAGAUCUGCCUUGGGCUUUCUGGAUUGAUGGCGGCGGGUGGAGGGUUGGCGAGGGUUCGUCGCGCGGGGAAACGGCCUACGAGCGCGCAAAGGAACUGCUCGUAGAGAUUACAAAGAACCCUUUUCCGCUGAGUGACCUGGAGGCAUGGAUCACCUGGGGCCUCAUGAAAGAUUUCCAUAUUCGCUUUGUCAGUGCGGUGAGGAAGUGA